AUGGUUUUGACAUCAGAACGUUUCGACCCGCUCGAGGAGUCCUACGAGGGCGGCUCGCCACAGGACUUUUCCACAAACCACAAGCAUAAGUCGUGGGCAAACGUUUUACCUGACAAGUGCGGUCUGUACGAUCCGGAGUAUGAGAAGGAUGCCUGCGGUGUAGGUUUCGUCGCUAAUAUCAAGGGUGAGCACUCUCACAAGAUCGUUUCAGAUGCGCGUUUCCUGCUGUGCAACAUGACGCAUCGUGGUGCCGUCUCGUCGGAUGGUAACGGUGAUGGUGCAGGUAUAUUGUUGGGCAUUCCUCACGAAUUCAUGAAAAGAGAGUUCAAACUGGAUCUAGGUAUCGAUAUUCCGGAGAAGGGCCAGUAUGCAGUGGGUAAUGUCUUCUUCAAGAAGGACGAUCCGUCUGUGCUGGAAGACUCCAAGAAUUUUUUCGAAAAGUUGGCACUAAGUUUGAACCUGCAGGUUCUAGGAUGGAGAGAUGUGCCUCACGAUUCUUCAAUACUGGGGGAAGUCGCGCUGUCAAGAGAACCACAAAUUCUGCAACCAUUGAUUGUGAGAAAACAGACAUCGGCGGAAUCCGUGGGAUCUGAAUUCAACGAAAGAGAGUUUCAAACUCAGCUUUACAUCCUGAGAAAACAAGCUUCAAAUGAAAUUGGUAUAGAAAAUUGGUUUUAUGCCUGCUCUUUGAGUAACCGCACUAUAGUAUACAAGGGCCAAUUGACUCCUGCCCAGGUUUACAAUUACUAUUACGAUUUGACAAACGCUCAUUUUGAAUCUCAUAUGGCUUUGGUUCAUUCAAGAUUUUCGACAAACACUUUCCCAUCGUGGGACAGAGCUCAACCACUACGUUGGCUUGCUCAUAAUGGUGAGAUCAACACUUUAAGAGGUAACAAAAACUGGAUGCAUGCAAGGGAAGGUGUAUUGGUUUCAGAAACUUUCAAAGAUCAAUUAGAUAAACUAUACCCUGUGAUUGAGGAAGGCGGUUCAGAUUCUGCUGCUCUAGAUAAUGUUCUUGAAUUGUUAACUAUAAAUGGUGUGCUCUCUUUGCCAGAAGCAAUCAUGAUGAUGGUUCCAGAAGCUUAUCAUGCUGAUAUGGAUUCAAACUUAAAGGCUUGGUUCGACUGGGCUGCUUGUUUGAUGGAACCAUGGGAUGGUCCUGCUCUAUUAACUUUUACCGACGGUCGUUACUGUGGUGCAAUGCUUGAUAGAAACGGCUUAAGACCUUGUCGUUAUUAUGUUACAUCUGAUGAUAGGGUUAUUUGUGCUUCCGAAGUUGGUGUUAUUCAUAUCGAGAAUAAACUGGUCAUACAAAAGGGUAAAUUGAAACCUGGUGAUAUGUUUUUAGUCGAUACUGAAAAAAGUGAAAUUGUUGAUACAAAGAAAUUAAAGUUAAACUUUGCUAAAAAGAAAGAUUUCAAAUCUUGGUUAUCAAAAGUUAUUAAAUUGGACGAUCUUUUGUCAAAAAAUAAGAAGUUCAUUCCAAAUGAUUUUGUUUCGAAUUUGUCAUCAUUAAAAGUUCAAACUGAUCCUCGUUUAUUAGCAAAUUGUUAUACUUUUGAAGAAGUCUCUUUAUUGUUAACUCCAAUGGCCUUGACUGGUAAAGAAGCCUUAGGUUCAAUGGGUAAUGAUGCCCCAUUGGCAUGUUUGAAUGAAGAUCCUGUAUUAGUUUAUGAUUAUUUCAAACAAUUAUUUGCUCAAGUUACAAAUCCACCAAUUGAUCCUAUCCGUGAAGCAAAUGUUAUGUCCUUAGAAUGUUACGUUGGCCCUCAGGGUAAUCUAUUAGAGAUGCAUCCAUCUCAAUGUGAUAGAUUAUUUUUGAAAUCACCAAUUUUACAUUGGGAUGAAUUUUAUGCUUUAAAAAACAUCGAAAAGACUCAUCCAACCUGGUCGAUUGCCAAUAUUGAUAUCACUUUUGAAAAAUCUGAAGGUUUAUUAGGUUAUACAUCAACCAUUGAACGCAUUACUCAAGAAGCGAGCGAUUCUAUUGAUAAUGGUAAGAAAAUCUUAAUUCUCUCAGAUAAAAAAAUGGGAUCUCAACGUGUUUCGAUCUCAUCUUUAAUUGCUGUUGGUGCUAUUCAUCACCAUUUGAUUAGAAAUAAGCAACGUUCUCAUGUCGCAAUUAUAUUAGAAACCGGUGAAGCAAGACAAAUUCAUCAUUUCUGUGUUCUUUUAGGUUAUGGUUGUGAUGGUAUUUUCCCGUAUUUAGCCAUGGAAACAUUAGUUAGACUGAACCAGGAGGGUUUGAUUAGAAACGUUGACGAUGACGAUGUUACUGUGGAUAAUGAUACCCUAUUGGAAAACUACAAGCAUGCUAUCGAUGGUGGUAUAUUAAAAGUGAUGUCUAAAAUGGGUAUCUCUACUUUAGCAUCCUAUAAAGGUGCCCAAAUUUUUGAAGCACUUGGUAUUGAUAAUUCUGUAACAGACGUUUGUUUUGCAGGUACAGCUUCAAGAAUCAAAGGUGUUACAUUCGAAUAUCUAGCUCAGGAUGCAUUUUCAUUACAUGAAACUGGUUACCCAUCCAGACCUAUCGUUACUAAAACCGUUACUUUACCAGAAAGAGGUGAUUACCAUUGGAGAGAUGGUGGCUUUAAGCAUGUUAAUGAUCCAACAGCAAUUGCUUCUCUACAAGAUUCGGUAAGAAAUAAAAAUGAAGCCGCCUGGGAUAUGUACGUCAAAAAAGAGACAGAAGCUAUAAGAGAUUGUACCUUGAGAGGUCUUCUAGAAUUAGACUUCGAAAACUGUACACCAAUACCUUUAGAACAGGUUGAACCAUGGACGGAAAUUGCAAGAAGAUUCGCUACCGGUGCUAUGUCUUAUGGUUCUAUUUCAAUGGAGGCUCAUUCAACAUUGGCUAUCGCAAUGAAUCGUUUAGGUGCAAAAUCGAAUUGUGGUGAAGGUGGUGAAGAUGCUGAAAGAUCUAUUGUUCAUGAUAACGGUGACACAAUGAGAUCUGCAAUCAAACAAGUAGCUUCUGCUAGAUUUGGUGUUACUUCUUAUUACCUUUCUGAUGCAGAUGAAAUUCAAAUUAAAGUUGCUCAAGGUGCUAAACCUGGUGAAGGUGGUGAAUUACCAGCUCACAAAGUCUCUAAAGAAAUUGCCAAGACUAGACAUUCUACUCCUCAUGUUGGAUUAAUUUCACCACCACCUCAUCAUGAUAUUUAUUCUAUUGAGGAUUUGAAGCAAUUGAUUUACGAUUUGAAAUGUUCCAAUCCAAGAGCUGGAAUUUCUGUUAAAUUAGUAUCCGAAGUUGGUGUUGGUAUUGUUGCAUCAGGUGUCGCUAAGGCAAAAGCUGAUCAUAUCUUAGUGUCUGGUCAUGAUGGUGGUACCGGUGCUGCCAGAUGGACAAGUAUAAAGAGUGCAGGGUUACCUUGGGAAUUAGGUCUAGCCGAGACUCAUCAAACUUUGGUGUUGAACGAUUUAAGACGUAACGUUGUUGUCCAAACUGAUGGUCAAUUAAGAACUGGUUUUGAUAUUGCAGUUGCUGUAUUAUUGGGUGCGGAAUCUUUCACUUUAGCUACAAUUCCAUUAAUCGCAAUGGGGUGUAUCAUGUUAAGAAGGUGUCACUUGAACUCUUGUGCUGUCGGUAUCGCUACACAAGAUCCUUACUUGAGAAGCAAGUUUGAAGGUCAACCAGAACAUGUUAUUAACUUUUUCUAUUACUUAAUUCAAGAUUUGAGGAAGAUCAUGGCAACAUUGGGAUUCCGUAGUGUUGAUGAAAUGGUUGGUCAUUCAGAAAAACUUAAGAAAAGAGAAAAUGUCAACACUAAAGCUAUUAACAUUGAUCUUUCUCCUAUUUUAACUCCUGCUCAUACAAUCCGUCCAGAUGUUGCAACGAGAUUCACUAAGAAACAAGAUCACAAACUACAUUCUCGUCUGGAUAACAAGUUGAUUGAUGAAGCUGAAGUAACAUUAGACCGUGGUCUCCCAGUUACCAUCGAUGCUGAAAUUAUUAACACUGAUCGUGCCUUAGGUUCAACUCUGUCUUACAGAAUUUCAAAGAGGUUUGGUGAGAAUGGUUUGCCUCAGGAUACCGUAGUUGUUAACAUCCAAGGUUCUGCAGGUCAAUCGUUUGGUGCCUUCUUAGCACCUGGUAUUACUUUCAUUUUGAAUGGUGAUGCCAACGAUUAUGUUGGUAAAGGUCUAUCGGGUGGUAUCCUUGUUAUUAAACCACCAAAGGACUCCAAGUUCAAGAGUGAUGAAAAUGUCAUCGUUGGUAACACCUGUUUCUACGGUGCUACAUCCGGUACUGCGUUUAUUUCAGGUAGUGCUGGUGAACGUUUUGCUGUUCGUAAUUCUGGUGCUACCAUUGUUGUUGAAAGAGUUAAAGGUAACAAUGCUUUUGAAUACAUGACCGGUGGUAGAGCUGUUGUUCUAUCUCAAAUGGAAUCUUUGAAUGCGUUCUCCGGUGCUACAGGUGGUAUUGCUUACUGUUUAACAUCUGAUUAUGAUGAUUUCGUUGGUAAGAUUAAUAAGGAAACUGUUGAACUUGAGAGUUUGACAGACACCGUUGAAAUUGCUUUUGUCAAGAAUUUGAUUCUUGAACACUAUAAUUACACUCAAUCUGAACUAGCUGCGAAGAUUCUUGGUAAUUUUAACUACUAUUUGAAAAACUUUGUUAAGGUCAUUCCAAGUGACUAUAAGAAAGUACUAGUGAAAGAGGCUGCUGAUAAGAUCAAAGAAAAGGAACUUUUGACAACUCAAUUUUUGAAAAAAUUCCAAAGAUCUGCAAAUAAUAAAGCUGAUGCUACAAACGGUGAAAUCGCAGCAAUGGUGUCUGAAAAGAAGAAACAGUCCACUGUUUCGUUUAAGUCUACUCUUGUUGAACCAGGUGUCGUCGAUCUUGAAGAUUCUGUACCAAACUCAAAACAACUUGAAAAAAGCGCUGAAAAAGUUGAGAAAUUGGAGAAGAUUCGUGGUUUUAUGAAGUACAAGAAGCUGUAUGAGCCUAAGAGAAGUGCUGCAGCAAGAACAAAGGACUGGAAAGAAUUUGCUAAUUCUUUAAGUAAGAAGGAAGCUAAAGUACAGGCUGCAAGAUGUAUGGAGUGUGGUACUCCUUUCUGUCAAUCUGACACCGGUUGUCCAGUCUCGAAUAUUAUUCCAAAAUUCAACGAUUUAGUCUUCAAAAACCAGUGGAAGUUAGCUUAUGAUAAAUUAAUGGAAACAAAUAAUUUCCCUGAGUUCACUGGGAGAGUAUGCCCAGCUCCAUGUGAGGGUGCCUGUACUCUGGGAAUUAUAGAGGAUCCGGUUGGAAUCAAGUCUAUUGAAAGGUUAAUUAUUGAUAAUGCUUUCAAAGAAGGUUGGGUUGAACCUGUCAUUCCCGAAUUCCGUACUGGAUAUUCCGUUGCGAUUAUUGGUUCUGGUCCAGCUGGUUUAGCUUGUGCUGAUCAAUUGAACAAGGCAGGUCACAGCGUUACUGUAUAUGAAAGAGCUGACCGUUGUGGUGGCUUAUUAAUGUAUGGUAUUCCAAAUAUGAAGCUGGAAAAAUCCAUUGUUCAACGUCGUGUUGAUUUGUUGGCAGCUGAAGGCAUUCAAUUCAUUACCAACACUGAGGUUGGUAAAGAUAUUACAACAGAAGAGUUAAAGUCUCAAUUUGAUAGAAUUGUUUAUGCUAUUGGUUCUACCAUUCCAAGAGAUCUACCAAUUAAGGGCCGUGAAUUGAAGAACAUUGAUUUUGCUAUGACGUUAUUGAAGGACAACACUUCUGCUUUCUUGAACAAAGAUAUGGAGGCUAUUCGUCAAUCGAUUGCUGGUAAGAAAGUAAUCGUCAUUGGUGGUGGUGAUACCGGUAAUGAUUGUUUGGGUACUUCAGUAAGACAUGGUGCUUCUUCAGUGCUCAACUUUGAAUUAUUACCUCAACCGCCAAAGGAACGUUCCAGAGAUAAUCCAUGGCCCCAAUGGCCUCGUGUCAUGAGAAUCGAUUAUGGUCAUGCGGAGGUCAAGGAACAUUACGGUAGAGAUCCUCGUGAGUACUGUAUUCUAUCUAAAGAAUUCAUUGGCAAUGAAGAAGGUGAAGUUACUGCUAUUAAGACUGUUCGCGUCGAAUGGAAAAAGUCCGAGAGUGGAGUUUGGCAAAUGGUAGAAAUCCCAGGUAGCGAAGAAAUAUUUGAGGCAGAUAUCGUUUUAUUGUCUAUGGGGUUCGUUGGUCCUGAAUUAUUUGAAGAUCCAAGUGUCAAAAAGACAAGAAGAGGUACUAUUGAUACUUUGAAUGACGCAUCUUACAGUGUUGACGGAAAUAAGGUCUACGCCGCAGGUGACUGUAGAAGAGGUCAAUCCUUAAUUGUUUGGGCCAUCCAAGAAGGUAGAAAGUGUGCAACUUCAAUUGAUGAAGAAUUAAUGGGCAGCACAAAUCUGCCAGGAAAUGGUGGUAUCGUUAAACGUAAUUAUGAACUUUUGAAAGAAUUAGCAGCAACAGUAUAG